AAUUAUGCAAAUGAAAGAUUGAAAGUGCUUGCAGAGUUCAAAGCUUUAGAGCUGACUAGCUAGCUAGUUAGAGGCGAGCCUAUACCUUGAUCACAACUUGCAUACCAACAGAGGACCAGCACAAAGACUAUCAGGCUUUGGUGAGAUGAAUGGACAUCCAUCUAUGGGCCAACAUUUUGGGUCACUCUCUGGAGCAGCAGCCCAGACGAACGCAGCCCAUGGAACAACAUUUGCUUUUCGCAAACGCUGGGGUCAGAUUGAUUGGAGGAGUCUAGCAUCUGUGGAUGUGGACAGGAUUGCUAGAGAGAUGGACUUCCAGUCCCUACAGCAGAACAUCAUGAACGUGACCUUCUGCAACAUUGAAUCUGAGGAGUUUCAUAAUGUGGACCAUAAUUUCACCAAGCUGUUCCGACUAGCACAACUGAUUAUUGAGUACCUCCUGCAUUGCCAACAGUACUUGUCUGAACAAGCCACUGAGUUCGAGCAGAAAGUACAGGAAAAUCAACAAGAGCUUGAGAAAGCCAAGAGUGACGUAGCCUUGCAAACCACUGAGUUUAAAACACUGAAAAAAGAAAACAGGAAGAGGAAAAAAAUUAUUCAGGCCUAUCAGGACAUGCUUAAUUCUGGUGCCACUGGUAUCCACUCUUGCCCAGUGUGUAAGAGAGAGUUUGUGAGUAAAGAGUACCUUCAGUCGCACAUCCAUAGACGACAUCCCGACCAUUCUCUCGUGAACGGUAAAGAGGGGGCAGCUAAGAGCAGUGUGCUUUCACAAGAGGAGCUAGAGAAGAAACUGAUGGAGCAGAUGACAGAGAAGCUGCAAGCAACAGAGACACAGCUCAAGGAGGAGAUGCAUAAGAAGGAACUUGAAGCUCAGCAGAAGCAGGUCGAUGAGUUUGAGCAUUGGAAAGCUAAAGAGCAGGAGAGAAUGAAGUUGGAGCUCCAUGCUUUCAAGGAGCCAAUCCUCUCAGAGCUGAGAGCUGCUCAACAAGAGAAGGCACAGCUUGAGCAGGUACUCCUUCAGAAGCAAGCUGAUAUUGAAGCUCUCAUGGCCAAGAAGCCGUCCCAUCUUGGUCAUUUGGAGGGUGCACAGGAGCUGGACAUUCAUGGCUCUCGGAGAAGACAAGCAGAGAUGGAGCAAGUCAAACAACAGCUAGAGUUAAAGGUUGAUGAGUUACAGUCCAGCAUGAAGAAGCAGGAGAAAUCAUGGCAAAAGAAGCUUCAGAAAAUGUCAACUUCAUAUCAGGAUCAAAUAGACGGUUCCACACAUAAGUUGUCAGUGUUGGAACAAGGCCUUCAAGAAUCGGCUCUCAGCAAGGAAAAAGACAAGGCACAGUCAUCCCUCGAAAAGCAAUUAUCAUCACUAAAGAAGAAAGUGAAGGGCCAAGAAGAACAGCUGCACUCCCACAGGCAAGAGCUUUCAGUCUUAAACUCAAGAGAUCCGUCCCCGACCCCUCUUCGAAACUCCCCUGUGCGUGUACUAGAGUAUCCUCCAACUGUGCGUGUACAAGAAGAUUACUCAGAAUCUGAGAGUGGUAGCGAUGAGGUCGAUAGCCCCCAGCACCAGUACUACACUCCACUACCGCACAGACCCAUGAUCAAGACUAAUUUCGCCCAUUCUCCUGAAAUGCUGGCUAACAUGAAGCGUGAGACUGAGAGCAUUCUGUCUGGGGCCCUACAGCAAAGAGGACUGCCUCAGGGACUGGUUGGUCUCAGUGAGAAUGAUUUUGCAGCUAAGAUGAAGUUACUGGAGCAGGAAAGACAACAGCGUAUACAGACGAGCUACAACUUUGUCGAGCACAGAGACCAUCUUGUUCAAGAGGUCGAUGACAUAUCACGCUCAGACUUUGUGCGUGAUCAUCCAAAACAUUCCCGUCAAAAGGAGGGCAGGAAUAAGGGUGUACCAACAGAACAGGCCGACCUUGCAGUUUCUUUAACUGGUACAAAUAGAAGCAAGCCUCCGCUACCAACAAACACUCGACUCAGCUCCUCUCAACAAGACCCAGCACGUUCUAGUGGGAGCCCGGCAAGACCUUCUAAAGUAGUACACACAUCACCAGCCCACCAAACACCUGCAACAAGAGUGGAACUACAACGCAGCCCGGCAAGGCCUUCUCAAGUGAUACACAUAUCACCAGCCCGCGAAGCACCAACAACGAGAGUGGAACCACAACGCAGUGAGUCUGAAUCUGAAGAGGAGAGCCUGACAUCUUUGACGGCUUCACCACAGCCCCCUCGUCCACUCGUCACAACCUCGGCUGGGUUACAAGACAAUGACAGCCCCUGGGACAGUAGUGAUGAUGACAGUAUUGAAGCACUGGCAGCCCCUCAGUCUGGAGGGAGAACAUCAUCCACUCCUAUCAAGGGUGGUGGAAUAAGACAGAAGAUUCCCCCACCCCAAGCCAGUAUGAUCACUAUCGAACCCAACCUAUCCAAGAAGCCGGUGGGUGGUGUUCCAGUGUUCCAAGUGCCCUCGAUGUAUGUCUCUCAGGAUGAAGAUGACAGUUUCGAUAUCAGUGAGCCCAGUUUUCAAGGAACCACUGUUACCACAAGUUUGAAAGGGACCAACUUGAAGACAUCGCUACCUAGGAAAGACUCUACUCCAUCCGUGAAUCCCAUCUCCCGUACAGCCACAUCGCGUUCGGCUCUUACCACUGUGAGCGUGGAUGAUUUUGCUGACUCUGAUUUCUCUGACCUGGAUUUGUAACUCUGUUCAUAUAAUUAUAGCUCCUUUAUGUACCUGUCCCUGUCACACCAGUUCUUGUAAUUCUUAUAACAUCGUGAAUUAUUAAUACAAAA